AGCAAUGGGUAGUGCUUCGAGCAAAUCAUAUCCAAUUUCAAUUGGCCCGGGUAGUGAAAGUAAAGCUUCUUGUCCCAUGGGUUUUUCGUCCGAUCAGCCUCCGAAAGAGGUUUUAUCGAAUUCAGCUGCGUGGUCGACGAGUCAAAUGAAAUCUGUUGAUACCCGAAAUAUGAUGCCGCCUCCGAAUCAGCUGCCAGCACCCGGUCAAAUAAUUCCUCUGUCGACAGAAAGAGAAGUUUCGACUAUUCCCAGGGCGUCUGAAAGUCCCGAAGAAGACAAAUGGGUUUACCCUUCCGAACAAAUGUUCUAUAAUGCAAUGAUCAGAAAAGGCUGGAAAGUUGAUAAAGAUGACUUGAACCCAAAUGUAAUGACAGCAAUCAUUAACAUGCAUAACAAAAAUAAUGAGGAUACCUGGAAGGAAAUUCUCAAGUGGGAAGCGCUGCAUUAUGAAGACUGCAAAUUUCCAACAUUGAAAAGCUUCUCGGGCAAUGCCAAGAAAUUUACACCGAGAGCCAGAGUCCGAUCUUGGAUGGGUUAUGAGCUUCCUUUUGACAGACAUGACUGGGUAGUCAACAGGUGUGGUAAAGAAGUUAGGUAUGUAAUUGAUUACUACAGCGCCCCAGACGAAGAGGCCAAAAAUAACACAGCUGCUCUCCUGGACGUGAGACCGGCACUGGACUCAUUCUCUGGUCUGGCUGAUAGAAUGAAAGUUGUCUAUUGGAGGCGAACAGGCAAUGCGCCCAAAAUUUUCUCAGAGUACAAAGAUAAACUAGCAAAUCAGAAUGAAAAUGCUAAAACUUAGAUGAUAUUUGAAAUACAGAAUUUAAGUUUUAGAAUAUGA